AUGUGUUCGUUACGCAUUCUCUACAGGUUGGGUUUGAGAGCGAGUAGAAAGCAGACCAGGAAAUCGAAGAAACCAAUAAGGGAGAUCUUGCAGAAUGUGAUAAGGUGUACCAAGCGAGUCGCGGCGAGGCCUGGCGCGAGUGAAUCUCUUAGAGGUACUGCACUACUCUUCAGAGAUAAAGCCACAGAAGUUACGAGUUUGAUAGAUUCGUGGCAGGGUCAUCAGACUGUCGCUCGUCUGCGUGGAUUGGUCAGGGGAAUAAGCCAAUUACACCAAGUGAAACAGCUCAGUGACCUGCUUAACGAGAUACCGACAUCUGAACUACAGGACGAGGCGAAGAAAAGCUUCCUGAACGCCAUCGCAAAAGCCUCCCGGUACGCCGAGGCUCCUAGGAUACUUCGACGAAUAGCAAAAAGGUUCCGUGUAGCUCGAUAUAUGAGAGCAAUUCCCGUCAAGCUUCCGAAGGACGCAUUUUGUAUCCCAUCGAACGGCACAUACACUCUGGACAUAGAAUCUUGCGCUGCUCGAAUAGAUCAUCAAUACUCUGACCGGAAGCGGUUGAACCGGGUUUAUCAUCUUCUGGGCUACACCGAGGCGCAAGCUGCAUCCCUGUUUUCGGGACAGGUACACAGGACACUCCGAGAAUCUAAGAUUCAUGCGGAGGUCCAGAUAGUCAUCUACUGCGAACUACAAAGGCCGAAAUUGUUUCCCCGUGUCGUCUGCUCAAGCAAAGACGCCUGCUUUUUAUGCAGCGCUUUCAUUUGCCUGCACAAGCAAAUGCAUACGCCGAGAUGCCAUGGCAGAUUGUACCCCGGUUGGCGACUGCCGACCGUACCUCAGGUAAAAGAAUUAGAGGAACGCUUCAACAAGGCGCUCGAGAACUCUAUCAGGGAGAGCCUAUCUAUGCUUUUCGCCAGACAACGAAAAACGACAUACCCGCCCCCCAACGAAAGCACCCUCCUCACCAUUCCCAUCUCAGAGACAACCAAAUCUGGCUUGACGCAACCCGACUUAGGGCAGCUGUCGUGCGGAAGGAGUAUUCGGCUCCAAUCCCAGAUGACUGAUAAGCCACACAAAGAGCCAGAGUCUGGGAACCCAAGCCACGCAAGUAUUCCUUGUGGCGCAGCAUGCGAUGGCAACACAAUAGAUCUAGAUUUCCCGUCUACAGUGGAAGGACAGGAUUCAGACAGCAAGAUUAUUAGCAAGCGAGAGCUGUCGCAGGGCAUCGUGUUGCAUAACACCAUCGAGCCAGGCGGUAGCUCGGCAUGCUAUAUCGCUGACCCGAUAAGGCUUACGAUAGAAUACGCGAAGGGGCUGCAAGGUAUCAAAUACAGUGUUAGAUGGCUCACUGCGGAAGAGAUGGAAGAUUUGCAGAGUGGACCUCGUCCACCUUUAUCCGUGGAUGUGGGAUCCCUGAAAAGUGAAAUGUCGAUACGGAAUCACAACAGUGUCUGCAUAUUGGUGAAGAGAACGGCGUUAAGGCUUGAUUGGGAGUCAAAAUGUACAUGAUUUUUUUUGAUCAUAACUUGGGGCAGUUGCCUUGAUUGAAUGGGGUUGGUACUCGGAACCGUCGCUCGCUGUUGUUAUCAUCGGCAGACUACUCAGUCUGAACCGCCUUGAUGGAACCAUCGAACCUAAGAUAUAACUGUUUCCACGCGAGUUGGGACCGUAGCGAGGAUGUCAUUGACCUGGGCUAACUGACUACUUAGAAUUCCCGUCUCAC